GUGCUUACCCGUCAUCGUCAUCUAUCAAUAGGGCUGGGUUUCGUUUUACGGCUGUUUCAACAGUCUCUAAAACUUUUCGGAUAUCCAAUCGCGUGUUCUUGGUCACGAAGGAUAUGUCUUUUAGCCGUUUGAAUAUUCUGCAACAUCAAUGUAUGUACAUACUUAGGCAUUACGUAGUUAUAUUAGUUAUGCAUACACAAUUUUACUGCACCUGGACACGGAUACUAAUGAGAUGACUACCAAAACGAUAGCAAUUAUGACAAGACCAACAAGAGCUCCACCAAAAAUAAUUACUAGCUGUUGCAAAUCCUAUGAUUCGCGUUUUAAAAAUAUGUUUAAGUGAGACAGACAACUGGAGAAUUUUACGUAUGAAUAUAAAAUAUCUUUAAAGCUUACAUCUAGAUUUGCCUUCGUAACGGGAUCCGACAUUAUUCACACAAUUUAUUAAAAUAAUACAUACAAAAUUUCUAACCAACUUUAAUUUGAUAAAUGACUAUAUAUAAUUACUUAUUGAAUCGAAAGAAUGACGAGUCUGACAAAAUGCUUUGAUUUUUUUUAAAGUAUGCAAGUGUUAUCAUCAUAAUUAGAAUGAAUCGUCCACACUGAAUCGUCCACAAUACGACGUUAUCAUCAUUCAUGGAUUAAGAUCAGGAAUUCGAUUUACUCCAUGUUUACCAGCCAAAUUUCACAAGGGCUAAAUUUAUUGGGGGGAGGGAGAAGGAUUAGCAAGAGGAGAUAUGUACAGGUGUUGAAUUACUUUCGACAUUUUUAAACUGUGGCCAUGCUUGCUUUUAAUGAUUUUGUACAUGUUUAUUUCCAGCAUUCUAAUGUAUUAUAGUAAUAAAACACAACUAAAUAUAACUAUAGUAUAAAUAAUAAUAUAAUAUAUAUACGUAACUAAUUCAUGAUUUCGUCUCAAAUUGACCAAACAUAUAACCUGAGACAUUUUGUUAAUUUUUCAUACUUGUUUCAGUACAUAACUUAUGUAAAUGUACAAUCCAAUUGGAUCUCAUUUAUGUAGCAAUGAAAAUGUCAUGCUAGAAAUUGCAAAUAAUGACUUGUCAGGAAUUAUCGAUCGUCUGCCAGCUUCCAUGUAGAGGUGCAACUAAACAGAAUAUGAAGAAGAACAAGGCUUGGUUUUUUGCUCAACUUGCAUGAUCAUGGACAUACAUAAGUAAACCCAAUGUUAACGAGUCUAACUUGAGAGUUUGCCCAUGUUGCUGUUUGUACCUACGUAUUGUCAUACUCUGUCUUUGUAAAUCACAGCAGCUGUAAUUUAGAAUUAAAUUAACUUAUAGAUAAAUAUACAGUUAACCGGUGAAUAUGGCUGGAUCAUAUGAAAUAAUUGACCCCACAAUUCGUCCAUUCCAGCCAUUCAAUGCGCUGGAUGACGCAAAGACUCUUCGAGCGGCUAUGAAAGGGCUGGGAACCAAUGAAGAAAAAAUCAUAAAAAUUUUGACCAAACGGACUUCAAAGCAACGGGCUGAAAUUGCGAUAACGUUCAAUCGUGAAUUCAACAGAGUUCUCCAAGAAGAUCUACGAUCGGAACUUGGGGGCAAAUUUGAGACAGUUAUUUUGGCCUUGAUGGAUGAUCCUGCUGAAUAUCUGGCCAAAGAACUUCAUUCAGCAAUGGAUAAAAUUGGAACCAACGAAGACAUGUUGACGGAGAUUCUAUGCACCCGUGGGGACGAUGAGAUACGGAAAAUUUCCGAUGCGUACACCAAGAUUUAUGAGAAAAGCUUAACUUCCGAACUCUCUUCGGAAGUUUCAGGAGAUUACAAACGAUUACUUACGCUGCUUCUCACGACAUCACGGUCAACCGACAAUUUUGAUGCUACACAAAUAGCCACAAAAUUAUACAGUGCAGGAGAAGGACGACUUGGAACGGACGAAGAAGCGUUCGUAUUUGCCUUAGCCCAUCAUUCUUUUCCCCAGUUGAAACUGGUGUUUAAAGAGUAUGAAAAACUGGCCGGAAAGACAUUUGAACAGGCUGUCAGGGCAGAAAUGUCUGGAGACUUGAAAGAAGCUAUUUUAACAAUUGCACGUCGAGUUGAAUCUCUUCCCAGAUACUUUGCGGAAUUGCUGCAUGAAGCCAUGACAGGACUUGACACGUCAGACAGAACCCUCAUCCGACUUAUUGUAACACGGGCAGAGAUCGAUUUGGGCGCCGUAAAGAAGGAAUACCAGGCCUUGUACCACAAAACAGUGGAGAGUGAUGUCAAGGGAGAAACAGGAGGAGACUACGAAGCUGUACUUUUGAGCAUUUUGGAAGGGAACUACAUAAUAGAGAAAUAUAAAAUCUCUGGAGCUGAAUAUUAGCUAUUUAAAUUUGGAAUAUUUUAUUUAAGACUAUAUCAGCCUUCUAGUUCUAUGUAUUAAAAAUUGUUUUUCUUAUAAAAUGCUAUAUUAUCGUAAACUUUCUAAAAUAGUCAUUCCACGAAGGACUAACUCUUCCUGGUAUGGAAGUCCAACAAUUUGAAGUCCAAUAGGCAUUCCUAUACUUUGCUUGGCACCCUAUACAUUAGACAAACACAAAUUUGCAAUUAUACUAUCAGUUGUAGGUUUAGUAAUUAAAUUUUUUUAACUUUAAUAUUUAAUUAGUUAUAAAAUGCAUACAUAUGUACAUAUUACCACAUUACCUUUUGGGCAAGCCUUAAAAUAAAGUCGUCCUGAUGACUA